AUGGCAUCAUCUUAUAUUAUCUGUCAAAAUGACCUUUGUCAGAUAAAAAAGCCGAUGAAGAGCAAAAAGAAGCUGAAAACAAAAAACUCAAAGCCAAGAGUAAAAAACAAAUAUCGAUACAAGUGAUGGGAAAUGCAUUUAUGAUGGUCUAGAAACAAAUAUUGCCCUUCCAAAUGGAAAUAUAAAGAACCAGGCUAUAAUCCAUUAUUAUAUCAUGAUACAGCUUAUCAAUUAUAUGAUAAAAUUCAAAUACAAAUAAUAAAUCAUAAAACAUUCGAAGAACAAGUGGAAGCCAAAAAAUUAUCUUUAAAACAGUCAAAAAUGCUUAUUAUCAAAAGCUCUAAAGGAAAGGAAGAAAGGUUGGUGCUUAAUAGCUUUCAUAAUAAUUGCGUUAAAGAUGCAAUUGCAAGAGCAUUACAAAUUGUAUAA